AUGGCUGCCCUCCAAAUCUCCAACCCUGAAAGCCAAAUCUCUUCUGAGCUCCUCGUAUCUCGGAUAAUGCAAAUCCAUGCUAGCAUAUCCAAGCUUGGCUCCUUAAGGCCUUCUAAGCAAGUCAAUGGCCUCUUCUCUAACCUCGUGAAGCUAUGCAUCCCCCCAUCAUCCAUAGACAUUACUGCCUUGCCUGAAGAAGUGCAAGCAAUGCGAGAAAGCCUCAUCAAUCUAAGUGGCCAUGCCGAAGGCCUAUUGGAGCUUGAAUUCGCAACGUUCUUGAUCAAAACGACUCGACCUAUGGACAACCUUAAUCUCUACCCUUACUAUGGAAACUAUGUCAAGCUAGCCAACAUUGAAAAUAGGAUCCUAAAUGAAAGUAUGGUGGUGCAACCAAAGAAGGUGGCUUUUGUGGGUUCAGGUCCAAUGCCUCUCACUUCUUUUAUAAUGGCUAAACAUCAUAUGAAAUCCACUCACUUUGAUAACUUUGACAUCAACAAAGCUGCCAAUGAUGUCGCUCGUCAAAUCGUUGCUUCUGAUGCUGAACUCGAGAAGAGAAUGAAAUUUGAAACAUGUGACAUAAUGGAAGUUAAAGAGGCGCUGCGGGAAUAUGAUUGCAUCUUCUUGGCUGCUUUGGUUGGCAUGAGCAAAGUACACAAAGUGAAGGUUCUAGGCCAUAUAAGGAAGUACAUGAAGGAGGGCGGGGUUCUGCUGGUGAGGAGUGCAAAAGGGGCUAGAGCCUUUCUUUACCCUGUUGUUGAAGAGCAGGAUUUUCUUGGCUUUGAGCUUCUCUCCAUCUUCCACCCUACUGAUGAAGUGAUCAAUUCUGUUGUUCUCCUCCGCAAGCCUGUCUUUUAA